GGAGGCGCUGGGAGGAAGUGGAUUAUCGUCGCUGCAGACGAUUCACAGCGAGUCAUCGUUUCCUCUGAGCUGCAGAUCUGAGGACGACGUCUUUGUGUCUGCACAGGAGGACAGGAGGAGACACAGGAGGAGACAGAGGAGGAGACACGGGAGGCGACACGGGAAGAGACAGAGAAGGACAGGAGGAAAUACAGGAGGAGACACGGGAAGAGGGACAGACAGCGCAAUGGUGGGAGUUUGAGCCCUCACUGAUCCUCUGGUCUUUGGGGAGUCAUGACUUCUCAGGAGGAGGCGUCCUCUUUCAGGAGGUUCUUUCAGUACGUGGAGGACAGCGGGCUGCGAACCUACGACGGUCUGGUGAUCCAGAAUGCGUCGGACAUCGCCAGAGAGAGCGACCGCGUCCGGAACCAGACCAACUGGACCUACCUGCAGGAGAAACACCAGAAGAAGAGACGGCAGGAGGAGGCCAUCAAAAGGAUUGGUGAAGAUGUUGCCAUGGCAACAGACGGGGGGUACUCUGGAAAACAUUUCAGGAUGGGUUUCAUGACUAUGCCAGCACCACAGGACCGUCUGCCCCCCCCCAGUCAGGGCUUUACUGUCCGAUCCCAGUCCCUCCACUCGGUGGGCGGAGGAGACGACGACUCAAACCCAAAUCGAAAACAACCGCCACCCAAACCCAAAAGAGACCCCAACACCAAACUCAGCAGCAGCUCGGAGACGGUCAACGGAGGCUCCGCAGGGAGCAAAAGAGACAAUCAGGAGACCAAAGAGACAUCGGAGCAGGCUGAAGCUCGAUGUCUUCUCUACAGUGACGACUAUAAGAAGAUGCCUCCACCGAAGCCCAAGAGGAACCCGAACACGCAGCUCAGCACCUCUUUUGAUGAGUCUUACAUCCGAAACCAUGGCAGCAAGAAGUCUUCCUUGCGAUGGGAAAAGUCUUCAACCCGGAGUCAGAGUCCGGCAUCGAGAGACACAGACGACGAAGAACCGGUCUACAUCGAGAUGGUGGGAAACGUCCUGCGGGAGCUGCGAGGUGAGGAGGCGGCAGAGGACGAGCAGAGCGAGGCAGUGUACGAGGAGAUGAAGUACCCGCUGCUAGAGGACUUCCUGCAGGAUGCUCAGGCCGCCAUCAUGGACCCUGAGGCCUGGGCAUCCCGCGGCCCUCUCUGUGAUAUCCCUCCACCUUUCCCAAACCUCCUGACGCACCGUCCACCGCUGCUCGUCUUCCCCCCCGCCCCCGCUCAGUGCUCCCCCAACUCCGACGAGUCCCCGCUCACGCCUCUAGACGUCACCAGGCUGCCCGUCAUGGACAACGUCUCCUACAAGUCUGGUGGUGGCGAACAUCCACAGAGCUCCACCCACCACCGCAAGGAACGAGACCGGGACAGAGAUCGGAACCGGGACCGGGACCGGGAGAGAGACCGUGACCGAGACAGAGACCGGGACAGAGACCGGGACAGAGACCGGGACAGAGACAGAGACCGGGACCAGGAUCUGCCCUCCACCCACACCAUCACAUCCUCCGGACGCUCUUCAGCUCCACCUCUUCCCUCCAACCUAUACAAGUCCUCUGGCUCUGCCCACAGCGGUCAUGGUUACCCGCGCAGCCAAUCAGCAUGUCCGUCUCCGGUCAGCAUGGGGCGUGCUCUGACUCCUCUGAGCCUGAAGAGACCGCCACCGUACGAUGCUCUGAUGGCAGGAGGAAGUAUGCCGCGAUCUUCUUCUUCCUCCUCCUCAUCCUCGCACCGAGCGGUGGAGGGUGGGUCUAAGCUCAGUAACUCCUCCUCCACCCACGGCUCCAUGCAGAACGUGUCGCUGAGGUCACAGACUCCCACCAGCCCAUUGGACGAACUCAACAACCUGUUCGGCUCCGGCAGACAGGUGACCAAGAAAGGAGGCCGGAAGAGCCGAGGGAGUGAAGGAGACUCCAGGUCUCUGCCCAGACAUCACAGUAAAGACAGAGACGGACAGUCCAGUCCAGUGUCCAGCAGGAUGGGGAGGUCAUCAGUCAGCCCAACCAUGAUGCUGUCUGGAGGAGGAGGAGGAGGAGGAGGAGAAUCAAAGUCGGUGUGUAAACUCGGCCGUUCAGCCUCGACAUCAGGAGUUCCUUCACCAGGUGGAACGCCACAACGUCACCUGCAUGAGCAGCAUCACCCUGUUCUCAGCCAGAUGCCGUGGCUCUGCGGCGACGCCACCAUGAUGGAGAUGAUCGAGCGGAAGCGGGUUCUGUGUCGUGAGAUCAAGUCCCGGCAGCGAGCGGAGCGGAGCCUGUGUAAGCAGGACAGCAUGCCCAUCCUGCCCAGCUGGAGGAGGAAGCUGCCGCCGCCGUACUCGGCCCCUCCUACCGGACAGACCGCCACCGUCUUCUGGGACACCGCCAUCUGACACCAUCACCUGGAGCCACGCCCACCACGGCCCUCUCACCGUUUGAUUGACAGCUGUUGACCCCGCCCCCUCAUUCGCAUAAUGAAAAAAAACAUUUUGAAAUAUUAAGUUUGCAGGAAUAAAUAACGGGAAAACAAAAACAAAUACAUUUUCAUACAUAAAUAAAUAUAAUCUAUAUUUUAUUUUAUUUAGCUUUUACUCUACAAGGAUCAUUUUUCUUUUCUUUUUCACAUUUAAUAUUAGCAUAUUAGUGUUAUUUAUUUAUUUAUUUAUUUAACACCUCAAGAAAGAAUUAAAUCAAGUCAUUACAUUAAUCACUGUGAAAAUGACUUUAAUUUAUAACUUUGAUUAUUAAUGAAAACACUGACCCUUCAAAAUAAAACCAACAGAAUUCACAUAAAAAAGAAGCAGAGAAAUAAAUUUCAUAUUAUUAUUGAUCGUCUGUUGAAUAAAUGAUGAAUGCAAAUAUUUAACAUUCAGUGAUUCAGAAAACAAAUUUAAUUUGUAUUAUUUAUUUCGAUUUUAUAAACAUCACACUGACACAGGAAGUGACCUCAAGUACACACACAAACACACACACAUUCACACACACUUACACAGACAUGCACACACACACACACACACACACACACACUGGUGCAGGUGCUGUCCUACCGUCCAAUCAGAGAGCAGGGAGGCGUGGCCAUACAGGUGUAGCAGAGCUUUGUGUCGUUAUUUUUCUAUCUGAAAGGAUUCAGAUGUUUUUUAAAGUCGUGUAGCAGAAAAUAAUUUAUAAGCUGUUCUCCUUGUGAAAAAACAACCAGAAUCUGUCAAUCAAACAUGUUUUUAUAUUAAAAUAAUCUGUGUUGUCUGUGUGGAAGAAACAUUCAGUGAUGUUUUAUAUUCAAAACCUUUAUUCUAAUGACAGAAGACAAUAUUUUAAAAAUAUUUUGAAGUUGUUGGUUUGGUCUCAUCCACUGUCAUCCACAGUUAAACUCCAGUUAAACGCCAGUGUAACUCCAGUUUAACUAGUUUUACUCAAGUUCAACUCCACUUCAACUAGUUUUACUCAAGUUCAAAGGCUGGCCUCUUUUAUAAGCCGGGUGUCUUACCGGUGUUAUGUCUAAGUCUGUUCCCCCGUCGAUAUGUGUACCUCUUACCUUAACCUGCACGCAACCUUAUCCCUGACCCCAACCAGUCGUCCUUUAAGUUGCUUAACAUGACCCCAAGUUUACCUUAACCCCAAACAGUUAUCUCUACAAGGCCUCACCUUAAACUUAAAUCCUAACUCCAACCGCGGAAGUGAUGCUACCGAAAACACCAUUCAGGAAACAUAAUUUGACGGGGUAACAGACACCUGUAUUUUGAAGUUUCGCCACACGAGUUAGUACUGUAGGUAAAUAUCGUUGUUUUUCCCGCUGUCCUAGUCAUUCUCUGUAAAGUCGAGCCAUUUACGCACGUUCUUCUGGGCUUUUUAGUAGUUUAGACAUUUAAAAUCCUGCUUAAAAUGAAUAUUCAGUGUGCUGUUCAUUGUUUGUUUACAUCCGAGUACUUCCAAUAUGGCUGACAUCCGGGUAACUGGCUACAAUGCGCUGUGUAUAACACUCUAAAGAGUGCCGGUCAGAGCUGCGAUGAUUUUCUUUUUUUAAUAAAAGCCUCCUUCAAAUAAUAGCUUGCCCCUAUUAUUAGCCGGGUCCCAAACUGAUUUUUUAUUAAUACAACCCCCAGCUACUAUUUGAGGAAAUAAAUUCAACUAGUUUUACUCUAGUUUAUUUCCAGUUUCACUCCAGUUUUAACUCUAGUUUUAACUCCAGUUUUAACUCCAGUUUUAACUCUAGUUUUAAGUCCAGUUUGACACCAGUUUAAGUCCAGUUUAACUCCUGUUCAACUCUAGUUCAACUCCAGUUUUAACUCCAGUUUAAAUCCAGUUUUAACUUCAGUUUAACUCCAGUUCAACUCCAAUUCAACUCCAGUUUAACUCCUGUUCAACUCCAGUUUAACUCCUGUUCAACUCCAGUUUUAACUCCAGUUUAACUCCAGUUUUAACUCCAGUUCAACUCCAGUUUAACUCCUGUUCAACUCUAGUUCAACUCCAGUUUUAACUCCAGUUUUAACUUCAGUUUAAUUCCAGUUUAACUACAGUUUUAACUACAGUUUGACUCCAGUUAGACUCCAGUUCUAACUCCAGUUUUAACUCCAGUUUUAACUCCAGUUUAACUCCAGUUCAACUCCAGUUUAACUCCAGUUUAACUCAGUGGGCAGUGGAUGAAGAACCGUCUGCAGAGAGAAAUGGUCUGAUGAAUGCAGUGUAUUGAUUUAUUGAUUGAUGAUGAAUCAGUGUAUUAAUUUAUUGAUUUAUUGAUGGAUGAUGAAUCAGUGUAUUAAUUUAUUGAUUUAUUGAUGGAUGAUGAAUCAAUGUGUUGAUUUAUUGAUGGAUGUGAACAAGAUGAAUGUCAUGAGACUGAAGCAAAGCAUUCUGGGAAACAGUGGUAUGUAAAUCAGCCACAGGGAGAUUAAAUGUUCACACACACACACACACACACACACACACACACACACACACACACACAGAGUUGUCUGUCCGUUGUGGUUCUGACAUUAACUAAGUGCACUUGUUCAGCUCCUGGACAAACAUUUAAAAACAGUUUAUUUAUUGAUGAUGAGAUUUUAUGAGCUGACGAUCAAUAACAACAUAAAUCUGCAGUGAGGACUGUUUCUUUGGAUUUAUGAUCAAUAAAUGUGUGUCGUUAUGAAUCUUCAGAUAAAAGUAAAAACACCACAUGAUGAUGUUUUAUUUGUGUCUUUGAAUUGUUCAUAAAUAACUUUUUUUUU